AACGAUCAAAAGGUCGUCUUAGCGCUUGCGAGUAGAUCGCGCAGGUGGCGUCACCUGCGAACAAUCCUCGCUUUGGCCCGUUGGCGCUCGACGAAUGGCUCGCUACGUACGAGUUUGAUGUGCUGCAGUACGACUCCAUUGGCGCCUUUGUCGAGGUCAAGCUCAAGGAGGCGCUCGUGCUCUCGAGCAAGUUUGCGACACCAAUGAACCGAUUCCGGGCCGCGGUGGUGUGUAGCCUUGUCGAGCGUGUCGCUUUGGCGCUCGCCAAUGCCGAGAGCUGCCGACGCUAUGCCCCCACGAUCUUGCGUCUCGUCGACGAGCUCUGGAACCUCAUUUUUGUCAACGACGACGACGAAUGCGAGACCAGGGUUCGCCAAGGCGGACACCUGCCGCCUCCGCGCACACUGAGCGUCUUCCUCGCCAAGGCCCCGUACUUUACGCAGCUGCGCCUCGAAGCCACCAAGAAAGACGCAGAGUUUCGAAAACACCAAGCGGUCUUGCGCAAACUCAUCCAGUCGACGUUCCAGAACGUUGGGUCUGUCUUCCAAGCGUGGAAGAUGUACACGCGCACAAAGAAGGAAGAUCGGCUGGCGGAAAAAGCUGCCGAGAUCACAGGCAAAGUGCUUGCGAAGCGCGGUCAAGCUCGGAUCGCGUUUGUCUCGUGGGCGCGCUACGUCAUGUCGGUGCGGCUCGAGAAGAUGCGUUUAAAAGGUAAAUUUCCUGAUUGUCGCAAUGACGCCAUCGAGUGCGUGCCGUAG